ACACAAGAGAGACAACUAAAUUGUCACUGUAAGCAUAUUUAAACAUAAAUAUAAUCUUAAAAUCACCCUUCCAUUUACCAUCAUUAAAACUGAGCAGUGACCAGAUAUGCAUCUCUCACAAAAGGCAAGAACUGAUUUAUAUCUUUUAAGAUAUAAGAUUAGAUAAGUUUUGUAUUUUUCCUAUCGCCCUCUGGAAUGACUACACUCUUUAGCUCAGUAAAACAUCAGCUAAUGAGAAAGACAUUCCAUCAAAAGUUUGGUUCGUUAUGGCUUUUAGCAUCCCAGGAGUUAUAGUGAUGGUGUUUUUCUACCUGCUGGUCCUUGGGACCGGCAUCUGGGCUUCCUUCAAGUCCAAAAGGGAACAGAAGAAGAGUGCAGCCACCAGAAUGGAAAUGGCCCUGCUGGAAAACCAAAGCAUCACCUGGGUGGUGGGCAUCUUCACCACGUCAGACUGGAACCUGACUUCUUAUGGCUCUCCAUCUCCAUUUGAACGGGGGGGAGAUGGUUCUAGUACUGUCCAUCACCCUGCAGCACCUCACCCCAUCCUACAUCUCCAUCUUUGGUAUUGGAGCCAUUACCGCUGCUGUUAUAUCAUCAACUGAUGCCGCUUUGUUGUCUGCAGCCUUCAUCUUCACCUCUAACAUCUACAAAAACAUCCCGAGGCAUCAGGUUUGCUCUUGUUAAUAUGUACAGUGUAGAAGAGGUAAGGAGACAAGUACAUUUAGAGAAGA